CCGCGCCCGAUUGGCUGCCGCCUGGUUACCUAUGGGCGACUGAGGUCCGGCGUCCUGGCCUGGCCCGGCACCUGCGGGGCCCUCGGGCUUGGAGGGCUGGGCCGGGCGGCGAGUGGGCGGGACCGGCCUCGCCUUCUCUCCGGGGCUGCGACCCCGAGGCUGCCGGCUGCAGAUGGGAGCCCGCGGAGCCGAGGAUGCGGGCGGGCUGCGGCGCGACGCUGGCUCGGGAGCUGUUCCGGGACGCCGCCUUCCCCGCCGCGGACUCCUCGCUCUUCUGCGACUUGUCCACGCCGCUGGCCCAGUUCCGCGAGGACAUCACGUGGAGGCGGCCCCAGGAGAUCUGUGCCACGCCCCGGCUGUUUCCAGAUGACCCGCAGGAAGGGCAGGUGAAGCAAGGAUUGCUGGGGGAUUGCUGGUUCCUGUGUGCUUGUGCCGCCCUGCAGAAGAGCAGGCACCUCCUGGACCAGGUCAUUCCUCCGGGACAGCCGAGCUGGGCCGACCAGGAGUACCGGGGCUCCUUCACAUGUCGCAUCUGGCAGUUUGGACGCUGGGUGGAGGUGACCACAGACGACCGCCUGCCGUGCCUUGCAGGGAGACUCUGUUUCUCCCGCUGCCAGAGGGAGGAUGUGUUCUGGCUCCCCUUACUGGAAAAGGUCUAUGCCAAGGUCCACGGGUCCUACGAGCACUUGUGGGCAGGGCAGGUGGCGGAUGCCCUGGUGGACCUGACUGGCGGCCUGGCAGAAAGAUGGAGCCUGAAGGGCAUCGCAGGAAGCAAAGGCCCCGGAGAGCACAGGACAUGCCGGCAGCUGCUCCCCUUGAAGGACCGGUGUCUCAUCAGCUGCUCCGUGCUCAGCCCCCGAGCAGGUGUCCGGGAGCUGGGGGAGUUCCAUGCCUUCAUUGUGUCUGACCUGCGGGAGCUCCAGGGACAGGCGGGCCACAGCGUCCUGCUGCUGCGGAUCCAGAACCCCUGGGGCCGGCGGUGCUGGCAGGGGCUCUGGAGAGAGGGGGGUGAAGGCUGGAGCCAGGUGGAUGCAGCAGUAGCGUCUGAGCUCCUGUCCCAGCUCCAGGAAGGGGAGUUCUGGGUGGAGGAGGAGGAGUUCCUCACGGAGUUUGAUGAGAUCACCGUCGGCUACCCCAUCACGGAGGCUGGCCACCUGCAGAGCCUCUACACAGAGAGGCUGCUCUGCCACACUCGGGUGCUGCCCGGGGCCUGGGUCAAGGGGCAGUCAGCAGGAGGCUGCCGGAACAACAGCGGCUUUCCCAGCAACCCCAAAUUCUGGCUGCGGGUCUCAGAGCCGAGCGAGGUGCACGUGGCUGUCCUGCAGAGAUCCCGGAUGCAUGCGGCGGACGGGGCAGGCCGGGAGCGGGCGCUGGUGGGUGACAGUCGUACUUCAUGGAGCCCAGCAGGCAUCCUGGGCAAGCACUACCAGGCUGUGGGCCUGCACAUCUGGAAGGUGGAGAAGCGGCGGGUCAGUCUGCCCAGGGUCCUGUCUACGCCCCCUGUGGCUGGCACCGCGUGCCACGCAUACGACCGGGAGAUCCACCUGCGUUGCGAGCUCUCACCGGGCUACUACUUGGCUGUCCCCAGCACCUUCCUGAGGGACGCACCUGGGCAGUUCCUGCUCCGAGUCUUCUCCACCGGGCGGGUCUCCCUCAGUGCCAUCAGGGCAGUGGCCAAGAACGCCGCCCUCGGGGCAGUCCUGCCUGCAGGGGAGUGGGGGACUGUGCAGCUGCGGGGCUCGUGGAGAGCCGGCCACACGGCAGGUGGCAGCAGGAACUUUGUCUCCUACCCCACCAACCCCUGCUUGCCCUUCUUGGUCCCCGAGGGCCCCGGCCCCCGCUGCGUCCACAUCACUCUGCAUCAGCACUGCCGGGCCGGCGACACGGAGUUCCACCCCAUUGGCUUCCAUGUCUUCCAGGUCCCGGAGGGUGGCAGGAGCCCAGACGCGCCCCCGCUGCUGCUGCAGGAGCCACUGCUGAGCUGCGUGCCACACCGCUAUGCCCAGGAGGCCGUCCAUUCACAGCCAGGAGGUGCUGGGCCAGUCCCUCCAGGAGGUCUCCGUCAGGGCGGUGAUGAACACCUAGCUGUGUGGCCCCGUGCCAGCUCAGGUGACUGGAGCCGAAGGCCUGCAGGGUUCCCAGCCGCCGGCCUUUCGUUGUCGGGGGCUGGGCUGGCCAGGCCAGCCAGGUGCUGUUUGGGGGCUGGUCCUGAGUCUUGGCCCGCCUCCCAGCCCUGCCAGGCGCUGCUACCUAGGGGUCCACAGGAAGCCUCCAUCGUGAGAGACGCAGCCCUCGGGAAGAGCAGGUGCUGCAGUAAGGGCGGGAAACUCGGUGGCUUCUGUGGCGCCACUGAGACAGCAGAGACCCCAGGAUCCUUCCCAGACCCUCCUUGGCGAACUCUAGAAGAGGUCUCACACCUGGAGGGGAGGGCAGUGGCUCUUCUUUAUAACUAUUUAUUGUCUGAAUCGCUUUUAGGAUUAACUUUAUAAAUAAACAUGAGCACUGAGAAUUUGCA